AUGCUGCAGCUUCUUGCCUUCUUGGAAUCUGAAUCCAGCUUUUUCUCCGCCAUCCAUUCAGCAGUGCAUUUCGAUGCACACGUGCGCCGUGUACUUGCAGGUCUUGCCGCAACGACUGUCAUCAGGUACAUCACUACCUUCAACUCCUUUGCUAAGGCUUGUGAGGACUUGGAUGUGUGUCUUCUUCAGAUUACUGCUGUGCAAGCGGCCGACAUCUUGGUGACUUUGCAGCUUCAAAGGCAGGAAGAUCCGACUGUCGGAUCAUCGGCAAUCACUUGCAUCAAAGCCGUGCGGUGGGUUUGCAAGAACACCCAGUGCAUUGUGUUUGAGGUCUUUUAUGGCGAGCUGAUUUCAUCCUUCUUGAAGACCAAACUGCCGAAGGACCGCAGGGAGAGCUUGCCCCUGCCGCUAUAUGCUCUUGUGCAGUGGGAACGGCGCAUCCUCCAGCGCUCCACCCCAUUGGUGGACGUCGUGCUGCUCGGUGCCUACCUCGUCACAUGUUGGUCGAGUCUUCGAUUUGCAGACAGCCAGCGCAUUGAAUGGAGCUCAUUUGCCUUUGACGUGGUUUCGCUUCGGGCCAUUGCAUACCAGACGAAAACCUCGCAUCAGGGCCAACCCUUCGGCUUCCAUCAGCUCCUUCAGGAUCACGGCAUCAGCCAGGAGCUCACGGAAUCUGAGCUUGCGGGGGUCUUCCCUGAGAUGUUCCCGGACACUGAAGUGUCCUUGAUGCAGCGUGCCAAGCUGCGAGCCGUGUGGUCGUCGCUGCAGCGACGGAGCAAUGCAGUUAAGCGGAACUGGUCCUGGAUCCCGUGGAAGAGUCGCAUGACACAAAAAAUGUAUGAGGAUUCCCUCAUGCAGAAGCCUGCCAAAAGGGCCAGGAUUGAGACCCUUCAGCUUUCGGACCUCUUACUUGACGAACCGCCGCAGAUCGACAUCAAUGACUCCACAAUGGGGAUUUCGAUGAUCCGUAGGCUGUUGGAGGUGCAUGACAAUGCCCUCGCUCUUGCAGGUACCGCGCAUCUCGUGCGCCUUAAGGCGUACACUUCUAAGUUCUUGAGCCUGGUUUCGCAGAAAUUCCCGCCUGAAACCAACCUUCGGCUUCCCUCCGUGCUGGAAGCUCAGCAGGCGGACAAGCAUCUUUGGUCGUGCAUCUUUCAGUUGGUGAUCGAGAAAGAGUGGCAAGUGAACGACGCUAUCUACGAGUUUACAGAGAUCCGCGGUGACAUGUCAUCAUGGCUGCAGCCUCGCGCCAAGGCGGCUUCCGCCAACAAUCGCAGGCCGUACACGCCAGGUGGCCGCGACAACCACCGCCCACCCACCCCGCCGCCAGGUCGUGGCAUUGGCAAAGGUAAGGGGAAGGCCAAGGGCUCCACCAAGCAAGGCACCCAGCCUAAGGGCGUUCAGUGGGUUCGUGAGUUCAAGGAGGGCAGCCAGGUGAAAAGAUUGUGCAUGGGGUGGCAGAUCGGGAAAUGCCAGCGUGGAAAUUCCUGUGAGUUCACGCAUGGCUGCGCUUUCCCCAAGCCCGAUGGCUCACCCUGCCUCAGCAAGGAUCAUGGACGUUCCUCCUUCCUCAUGCACUUCAAGCACUUCAAUUUCGUUGGUGCCGCCCAUCAGCGCUUGUUCGAUUGCAUUUUGUGCUCACUGCGGGAGGCCCCUUGGCCCCAACAGGUUCGCCGUGCCCACAUCAUCUCCGGAGUUACUUCCGCCCUGCCCGAACUUUGCAGGGACCUGAAUGCCCUCUGCAGGUACCUCUUUCCAACGGAGCACUGGAACACUUUGUGUGUUUCGCGCAACGGCCUCAGUGCGCUGCAUUCCGACUCAGCCAACAUUCCGGGCUCACGCAACUUGUCACUUUCACUGGGCGCCUUCUCAGGCGGCCAUCUGUGGAUUGAAGACCUCUCCUGCCUCUCACGAGGCCAGCCGACAUCAAUCGCAUCCGGCUCGGGCUGGCUGCAUGGCUGUGCCAUCGACACGCAUCGCAAAGCCAUCAGCUUCGAUGGCCGCACUAGCGGCGAUUCCCUCACCCUAGACCCCUGCCUUGAUCCCGCCCUUGACAUCCUUUGCCCAGAUCUCUUUGAACAGGUCCUUUUCUUAUGUGGGCCCUUCCUCAUGGCUGCUGUCUGCCAUGCACGAGCAAACAAUGGCGGCAAAGGUUUCCCGCUGCACCUGGGCAGCAGUGCUCUCAUUUUGGUGCCUUCUUUGCUGCAUGCAGGUUCGGCCACUCCGACCCAACCCCAGCUUUGGGCCGCUUCCUACCGCCCUCUGUCUAUCCUGGCAGCCGACUUGUGCGCAACCGCGCUCCCACAAAACGGUCAGGCAUACGCAUCUUCGUUUGCCAGUAUCGCUGCCGCUCUGCUACAUGGGGAAGGCCGCGAGCUCUCCUUGCAGUCAGCCGAGGCUGCCGUUCCACGCAAAAGCCUCUUUACUGGCCCGCACGCCCUCCACGAUGGGGCGGGAAAAUGCUCCAUGGCUGAUUGGAGCAGCCCGGCAUUUGCGGAUAAACUUCAUGGCUUACGGAAGGCAAUGCUGCAAUUCUGCAUCUCCCUUCGUGCCGAUAAGCGCUUGCUUGCCAGAAGCUCAUGCCCAUCGCCGGAGCCGCUCUUCAGCUCCACCGAAGUGAUGGGUGUACCGACGGGACACAUGAACGAUAUCCCUCCUUCAAAUUGCUUCUGGCCUUCGAAAGGCCAAUCCGGGGAGCUGAUUCCGCUUACGCUCAAUCUUGAGAACUGGAAGUCGGCUGAUGUGGCUCCGCGUGUCACAUCGCGCCUGCUCCAGGAGGAGUUGGACGCUGGCUACUGCUUUAAGUUUGAGGGUGCACUUGAGGAAGCGAAAAGUAGAUGGCCCGUGGGCCUUGCACUUGGCAAACUUGGUGUGGUCAGGGCGCCUGGGCGAGCCGAACGGCUCGUUUUGGACAACAGUGAUGUCUCGCAAUCUUUCCCUCUUCGCGAGACUUCAGACCGCCAGAUGGCCAUUUGCAUAGAUGUCAAGCAAGCGCACAAGCGCUGCCGCAUCCGCGACUCCGAACAGGGCUUACUCGGAUUCACUUGGCGCGACGAGCUCUAUUUCUUCCGCUGCUGCCCUUUCGGGGCAGUUUUCUCACAGCACUGGUGGGGCCGUGUGGGGGGGUGCACACUGCGCCUGCUGCACAUCCUGCUGUUCCUCGCCCAUGUGGGCCUCCUCUUCGUGGAUGACUUCAUUUUCAGCCAAGCGGCCAGCCUCAUGCCGCUUUCGGGUGCUGUCAUCUGCCUUUUCCUUCAGGUAUUGGGCAUUCCAGUCAGUUGGAAAAAAUUGCAAAUUUCUUGUCGGGUCGAUUGGAUAGGCUGGCGGUUAUGCUUCUCUUCGGGUACGGUUAGUCUCAGGGAUGAAAAACGCCUGCGCCUCCUUGAUCAGGUGCGUUCCCUUCUUCGUCGUGGUGGCCGCAUUUCCACCAAGGAACUUGAGUCUUUUCUGGGCCUAGCCAUGUGGGCUUGCGCACUCUUCCCCACUAUGCGUGCCAUGCUGCACCCUUUCUACAAGGACUUGUGGUCUCCGGCUGCCACUAACUUCAGCAUUGCUCCGGAGUCGUGGCACGGCAUUCGCAAUUUUCGGGAUGCUUCACUCAGGUUUAAAGUCUCCCCGCCUCACACCGCCACCCCCGCAGGCGCCAAGCUUCUCUCGGCGCGUCAUGUGCCUUUCGCAACCCUUGCAGACCUGUCCAAGGUCGCCGUGACGCAUAAAAGAUUGUGGCUCCGCGUUGAAUGCCUCAGCAGUUCGAGGCGGAAACUCUCGAAUGCCUCCAUUCGUUCGUUGCAUGCCUUCGAGCGUUGGUUGCAACACGUUGCACCACUUGCCAGUAUGCGCCCAUUACAGGUCGCAGACGUUGAAGCCUUCGCCGAUGCAUCGGUUUGGUUCACGGAAACCUUCUCGGUUACAGACUUUGAGGCGGCAGGCAUUCCCUUCGGCAAUGACUUGGCUAAGGAGAUCGCCAGUUGUGAAGCCCUGGCUCAAUUCUCUCUCUAA